UAAACCCAAUAUUUUACUUAAUCUUAUUCAGUACGUUCUGGUUUAAGCAAACUAUAACCAAACAGAUUGAAGAUGAAAGUGUUCAGCAUUUUGUUGAUUUUACUCUUGGCUUAUAUCGCUGUGUCUGAUGCUUCGCCAUCACCCCAAAGUCCUGAUACGGAUGGAAUGGUUGAAGGAGAUAGCCAAAGUAGACUAAAGAGAGGAAUCGACGAUAUCACUUCAUUUGGCAGGGACAAACGAGAUAUUGACGGACCGACCUACUUUACAAAAUGGUUAGAAUCAACUAAUAUUUUUGGAGGCACCAGAUUCGCUGCUAGGCUCUUGCUAAGAUUUCUAGCUGUCUCUUUGCCAGUACGACAUUUCAACAGACUUGUUGGAAUGAUCACAUUGAGAAUACGAGGCUCUUUACCUUUGCCGAUUAGAUUAUUCCUUCACUAAUAACCGAUAUAUAUAUGUAAGUCAUCUAUAAAGUGUUGCUAGUCGGGCUGACAUCAACUGAAAGAACAUACGGAUCUUUUUGAAUUCAAUAAUCGAAUUUACUUUAAAAAAUUGAUUUUACACGAUUCGUCGAUUAUCUUUCAUUUGUUUCAUCUAAAGCUGCAGUUAAUUAUUUGCAUUUCAGAUGCCAUGGAAGACCAACAAGCUUUGAGUUGGCUUACACAUCAUCUCAAAGGCUACAAUUUAUUCAAGGGUAUCUGCUUUAUUAGUUCGGGCUAUCUAAAGGCUAUUCCAGCCAUGAUGAAGAACAUUAUGAACAUUUUUUAGUUUUAUUGAAAAUUAUUACAUUAAUACAAUUACCUAUAAUAUAUUCUGAUUACGGUCCUUUAUCAGUUGGGAAAUAGCAAGAAAAAACUAACUUGACACAUUGACCCAUUAAUCAAAUAUCAAAACUCUCACAACACUAUAAGAAUAAAAUAUAGUAAUAUAUAUAUGAUAACAAUGAAAUGAAGUUCAAUACAUAAUACUAGUAAGUAUAAAACACAAAGUAUCUACAAUUUCAAUACAAGUUACACAUACAACAUUUCAACACUUACAUUCGAUCACGUUUCAGUACAAGUUACACAUGCAACACUUUCACACCUACAUUCGAUAGUUGAAUGGGUACUAAAAUAGUGGUUCCGAUGAUUUUGGAGAACAUUCUAUCGAAAUUCCUAUAUGUUCUUUCUGUACAAAGUAGGCCUGUUUUGACAAUAUUCUAUAGAUGAUGUUGUACCUUAAAAUGUGAAUAUUAAUAGGAAAUACAGUUUUGAUUGACUAUGUAAAAAUCAAUAAAUAUUGUUUUACCGAAAUGAAUAAACGACUUUUUUCGCAA